CUCCCUCCUUCUCUCUCUCUUUCUCUCUCUACCUGCAGACAUGGAGACGCCUCGCGACUCGCCGAAGCGGAAGCGACCGUCCUCGUCGCUGUUCGCCCCCCUCUUCAGCCUCUUCACCCGCUCCGAAGCCCCCGCCGGUCCCCGCCGGAAGCUCCCCAGGCGGAGCCUCCUCCCCGACGCCGACGGCGGCGGCGGCGGCUGCUCCGGCUCGGCUCGCGUCUCCACCAAGGAUCUCCGCAGCCGGCGCGUCUUCUCGCUCGGCCCGAAGCCGAGGUCCACCGGGUUCGGUCCGGAUCGCGGGGAGGGAAAGCUCGAGGAGCUCGAUUCGCCGUGCGGAGAAGAAGGCGGGGCCGGUAAGGAUGACGUCAGCGCUACUCUGUCUUCGAUCGUUAGGGAGUACUGCUCCGAGGAGGACGGCGGGAGGGACUUGUACAAGGAUGACGACGACGACGAGACGUCGGAGGAGGAGGACGACGAAGGGCUCGAGAAGGCGGAUCUUCAGGCCGAGCGCGACGCAGGGAACGACGAGGAAAGCAGUCGGAUGCCUCCUGAUUCGCCCGAGGAGGAUGUCGCUGCGACUGAGACGGUGAAGGGAUCGGACGAUUCCGGCGACGAUUGCGUUCGGACCACUCCACCCGAAGCAACGGAUGUAAUUCUGAGCCCCGAUGCAGGAGAAAAUGGAGGCACUUGCGAUCUCCGGAGGGCGGACCGGCUUUUGGUUGAGCCGCUGCAGGGGUCCUCCCAGGAUGAAGGUUCUGGAGCUGAAAUUAGGAAAAGAGACGACCCCGCUUCGAAGGUCGAACCGGGUCUUAAUCCGCGUUUGAAAUUAAGAAGAAGAAUAUACCAGAGGCCCGGCUCGAUCAGCUACCGGCGACUGCUUCCUUACUUGACAGACAUGGCAAUGGAAGAUUCCGGCACUGCUAGAGUUUCUGGAAGUGAAAAGCAUGAAAAGGUUAUGGAAGAAAAGCCACCACUCUCCUCUAUCAGCUCUAGCUAUAAAGAUAUUCCCAUGGAUGAAUCUAGUGAGCAUGGAUCUGAUGUAACUGCAACCAUAGCCGUUCCCCUGGUUAUUCCGACUGUUGAUAAGGAUAGAAACUGUCCUGACACUCCUGCUAUGGUGAACAAAGACUUGGGUCAUCGAGAUAUUGAUGGCCAGAUAGAUAGUGGAAGGCCUGAAUCGAUCGUGCAAGGCUCUACUCUCUGUGGCGAUAGUACAGUCAGAACUCAUACUGAUGAUGUAAAGACAAUAGAAAAAGGAGAGGCUGAGGUAGUUGAUGGUAGACCUUCUGGCAUGGCUGAUGAUUUGGACAGUGUAAAAUCAGUCUCAUCUUUGUCUAAGGAGGAGAAUGUAGUUGAUCACUGCUUCCAUGAACAAAAGCAUCCGAUGGAUGGAGGAAUGACAAGAUUUCAGCCAAUUGCUCCGCACAAUUCCAGCAGCAGAGAAAAUGGCUAUUCAUUGUUCACUGAAACCAGAGGUAGUGAUCGUGGUGAGAUUUCAAAUCAGAUGAUUGAUACAAACGAAGCAAGAUCAUUAAUCCCUUCAUCAGAUUCAGGGAUUUUUGGAGAAUCAGGGGUAAAUGAAAUUGAAUGUAACAAAAUUAAAUUUGUUACAUCUAGUGCAAAUGAGAUGCCACAGAAUUCUCCUAGCAAGAUCAGCAAGGCGGGCUACUCCAUUCCUGACAAAAAUAGUGGAAAUUCUACAAAGAACAAAAUGGUGCUAAAUCCAUGCUCGAGACUGAAGGUAUUCAAAAACCCAAAUUCAUUAAGUUACAAGAGGAUGCUGCCCUAUCUAAUGGAAAUUGCAAAAGAUGACUCUUGUACCCCAGGAAAUGGUCAAUGCUUGAAACUUCUGACUAGGUCUAAAGAGGAGUUUUCUUCACCACCCGUGCUCUCUGACUUCCAAAACUUUCCAACUGAUAAGUGCAAUGGUGAUCAGGGUUCAGCAGAUCUUAACAUAAGCUCUCCAGAAUCAGUGGCCCAUGGUACCUGUUUGCAAAGGAUGAAGAUAUUCUCGCCAAAAAUGUCACACAAAGUACAGAUAGCACACACGAAUCUUCUUAUGGUAUUGUGAAUGCGAGAGAUGAAGGACAUCUGCAGGCGGCAUCAUCAUUUUCUAUUGCUGUUCAUCAAUCAAAAGAGGAUUCCCACACCAUUUUAUGUCAAUCACCAGAACAUGGUGGGGAGUUACAUGCAAAUUCAGCACCAGAACUUUCUUCUGAUGCAAAAGAAAUAGGAGCAGAGGGACCAAUGCAAAAUCUUUCUCAAAUUGGGCUUCAGAUCUGUUUGGGUUUCCUGAUGAAGCUCCAAGAAGGGGAAUUUUGAAAAGAAAUCCGCGAGGAUGCCGUGGGCUGUGUAGUUGUUUGACCUGUGCUUCCUUCCGUCUCAAUGCAGAAAGGGCAUUUGAGUUCUCAAGGAACCAGAUGAAGGAUGCAGAAGAAAUGACCUUUAAUUUGAUAAAUCAACUAUCUCAACUAAGGAGCAUAGUGGAAAAAUCAACUGUGGUGUUAUCAAUCUUGCUGUGCCGCAGGAGUCUCAGGUAAGAGAAGCUUGCAGAAGAGCAUCAGAAGCUGAAGAACUAGCAAAAUGCCGCCUUUCUGAAAUGAAUGAUGAACUCAAUAUCCACUGUAGAGUUGUUUGCUUGCAUCGCCCAAGGGUAACGUUCAAUGACUGCACAGAAAAUGGCACUAUACAUGAAGAACAGCAAAGCAAAGAGUCUUGAGUAAUGUCCUUGUUGAUUCUGUUCUAUGUGUGCACCACUAGUAUCAGUUGAAGAUGUUAGGAAUUAUUUCAAGUAGCAUGGUCAGAUUUGAUUGGUUCAACAUGAGUUGGGCACACUUUAUGGAACCUGGAGGCGAGGGAUGAUACUGUCUUUGAUGUGGUCGGAUGAAAAUUUGUCCCAUAGAAUAUGGCUGGAGCAUUGAGGUGCACAUUAUGCAGUCUUAUUUUGGCCAAAGCACGAUACACGGUUCAGGUGAAUGAGUCUUAGAUUAUAAAGUCAGGAACUUACUGGGAUUCUGCUAUUAAGCAGAAUUUCUAAAAUGAUGAGUGUCCUGUAAGUAGAGAGAGAUGUCCACUUCCGUGUAUAUUUUGUCGCCAUGCCUUCACGAAUUUAACUUAUAAAAUAUAAUUGUAAGAUUGUUGCCUUUGAGUUCACA